AUGCUGUCAAUCAUCCUUGGAUCGUACUUCUUUCUCGUGCAAAUCGCACAAGCCCGUGAUCCUUCACCUGUUCUGUUGCCUUCUGGUGGCUGGACUGGAAGCGAUGGCAAUUGGUCUACCAUCUCAUUUUCUCUGGGUUCAAACUCACAGGCCAUUGAGGUUCUGGUGAGCACGGCUCUCUCCGAAUUCUGGGCCAUUGGACCGGGAGGAUGUCUACCCAAGGAGCCUCACUGUAUUGCCGCUCGCGGAGGCAUCUAUAACCCUCAAGAAUCUAGCGGUUGGAGCCCCCUAGGCACAUGGCAGUUAGGGUUAAACUACCUCGGUUACGAUGGGAAUGGCAACUACGGGCGCGAUGUCAUCAGCUCGCAAAGCCCUCUCAGUGACGAUCCAUAUACCAUGGACGGUGUGCUAAUAGCAACCAUAAACACGACCAAUUACUUGAACGGUCUCUUCGGUUUGGGGAUCACACAGAGUAACUUCAAUGGCACUGUGGCGGAUUCGCCAUUGACACAAGCAGUUGGAACGUAUGGACUGAUUCCAAGUUACAGCUUCGGAUAUACAGCUGGAGCAUACUACAGAAAUACACCUGUAUCCUUGACUCUUGGAGGCGUCGAAACGCCAAGGUUUAAAAAACAUGAUAACGUCUUCACACUCAGCCAGGAAGACAACCUGGAGCGCCCUAUGGUCCGUGGCAUUCAGAUCACGCCAGCCGAAGGCCAAGAUGUUCCUAGUUCUUGGGAAUCUCAACAACCUUUGCUCUCCCAAUGGAACUCAUCUUUCUUCGCCAUCAUUGAUAGCAGCACCCCCUACCUGUGGCUACCAGACGAGGCCUGCGACCAAUUUGCCCAAGCUCUUAACUUGACGUAUAACAGUACCUUCGAACUCUACACCAUAAGUGACGAUCAAUAUCGUGAUUAUACAAAUGACGCGUCAUUUGAACUUACCUUUGUACUUUCAAGCUUUGACGAUAACGAUAACUUUGGCGACCCUUACAAUGUACCAGGUAUUGUCAAUAUUACCAUACCUUUGAGAGCCUUUGUGGGCUUGCUGCAAUACCCUUUCAUGCCUGAUACGAUUCAAUAUGGCGAUCCCGCAAUCCCCUACUUUAUGCUACGAAAGGCGAAGAACAGCGGCUCCUACAUACUAGGCCGUUCUUUUCUACAGGAGUCCUACCUCAUAACCAAGUAUGACGAGGGCGUCUUCUCAAUCCACCAAGCUCUUUUCCCAGACGAGCCAUCGACAAACUCGGAACUGACUGCCAUCGAACAGUCUGACAACAGUCCCUAUCCUCCACCAUAUGCAGAGGAUGAAGGUGGGCUCUCAGAUGGACAGGUAAUUGGAAUAGGAGUGGGUGUUGGGUUGGGUGUCUUCGUCGUCUGUGCAGCAAUCUUGUUUAUGUGGUUGUACUUUCGACGCAAGCGCAAGCGAGCAGCCAAAGGAAAUAACCCGCCAGCAGAGGAUCAGGACCUUACGCCAAAUAGCGGAUCGCGAUCACCCAAAUCCCCUUUGGUUAUAUUGUUUUCGAAAAUUCUCGGACGAAAAUCCUCGACUCUGCAAGCAGGAGAUGGCACCAAUGAUAGAGAAAAGGUUGCUGAAGCUCCCGAUACUCAAAUCCACGAGAUGUCAGCACCACUUCCAGUAGCAGAACUCGAUGGCGACGAUGGCAUGUCAUGGAAUGAUGACACGGAGAUGGGUACCGACAGCACACAUAACAUGACUGCCUACGAGAUAGCCCGGAGGAAAUUGGAGAAACAACUCCAGGGACCAGUCCCAACAUAUACUCCCCCUGCUGAUGGGACGGAGAUACCCGCAGAGAAAGCGAUAUACCAACCAGACCCAACAAAUGGUCCGCCUGUGGCCCUACAACUAUCGCCAUCGGCAUCUCUAAAAACAACACAACAAGGGGGCACGAAUACAAACUCGAUACCGCUGCCAUCUCCACUGACCCCGGGCUUCGAUGCGAAUGGCCGUCCCAUCGAGGCACCUUCUCCAACUACUAUACCAGUAUCGCCAACUACCGACAGUAUUUCAUUACCACAGUCACCCCUUUCUCCCACUUCGGACCACCAUACCAUUAACUCCAUGGCAAUGGGCGGAACUCAUUCAGACCGUGAACCUCACUCUUCUUCAUCGAAGCCAUCGAAUGAGCUACAACAGCGAGCAGUUCAACGGACACCCAUUGAUCCCUCAAAGGUUGUAUUUCUUGGGGCACUGCCCAAGAACACGCGCUUCUCCCGCCACGCCGCUCCGCAAAUUCUAUCAGAUGAGGACUAUCAAGCCACUGAUGAGUCCUCACAUCGGCACGGCUCUGUUGAUACUCUGGGAAGUAACUUCACUGUCGAUGAGGAAAGACGAAGCGCAGAAGGAUCAUCAAGGCGUUUGGAUCUAGGUACAAACGGCUCAUCCGUGAAUGCUAUGAUAGAAGAUCCCCCACAAAGUCCUUCGACAGACCAGUCUGGUAUUUCACAAAGCCGAGAGCGCAUCAAUCCUGGUGAGGAUUUGGUUCAUGUACCGCAACUGGCUGAAAGACGGUAUAGCUGGGAGUAA